GCCGGCAGCCAGCCCCGCCGGGCUGGGGCGGCCCUCCCCUGCAGCCCCCAAAUCCCAGUCAGGUGAGGAGCUCAUUCCACAGCUUUCCCCCGCUGCGUGGGCUGUGGCCGUGGGGAGCAGCGAGCCAGGGCUGUAGCUGUGAGCUGUCGGGAGGUUAUGAUUCCAAAGCCCAAGUUUAUUAAAUUUUGCAAAGGAAAUCAAAUUCAGCCCAUGCUAAGAAUGGAGUACCAGCCCCUGCUGAGAGGGUCUAGCACGCAGAGCAAGUUCCCCAGCUGUACCUUGUUUCUGGCUGUUUGUGCUGUUGGAAUUGGAGGGACCUUUCAGUAUGGGUAUAAUGUUUCCAUUAUCAAUGCACCCACCCAGCAUAUACACAGGUUCUUAAAUAAAACCUGGACUAGUCGUUAUCACAAGGAACUAAAUCCAGAUUUGCUGACUUUUCUUUGGUCUGUCAUUGCUUCUAUAUUUUCACUUGGAGGCCUGUGUGGAGCCCUUAUUGGAGGCAGCAUGGCGAUUCGGCUAGGCAGGAAAGGAGCUCUUCUGAUGAAUAAUGUUAUAGCAAUACUGGCCUCCAUUUUAAUGGGGAUCAGUUUUCCUACAGGAUUGUUUGAGUUACUGAUUGCUGGAAGGUUUUUGAUUGGCAUAAAUGCAGGUAUUGGGAUCUGUGUGCAGCCUCUGUACAUUGGGGAGGUUGCCCCAAAACAUCUUAGAGGUGGCAUGGCCAUGGGGAGUUCCAUCUUUCUGACUGGGGGGAUUCUGAUGGGACAAAUAAUUGGUUUGAGGGAAUUAUUAGGUGCAGAAAAGUAUUGGCCUUUGUUGCUAUCCAGCAGCUGUUUCCCAGCAUUUGCCCAACUUUUAUUCCUGCCAUGGUUUCCUGAAAGUCCCAGAUAUCUUCUUAUUGACAAAGGUGAUGAGCUGAGCUGUGCCCAAGCUUUGAAGCGAUUUCAUUGUUCUUCAGAGUAUCGAAGGGAGAUGGAAGACAUACAGCGGGAAUGUUUUGCCUUAGAUGGGGAGAAACCCAAGAAGCCCUGGCAGUUAUUUGUUGAUCGUGGUGUGAGAUGGCAGCUCAUUACCGUGAUUGUGAUGACUAUGGGCCAACAGCUCAGUGGGAUAAAUGCUAUUUAUUUCUAUACAACUUAUAUUUUCGAACAAGCUGGGGUCUCAGCAGAAAAAGUCCCAUAUGUGACACUCGGCACUGGAGGUUUUGAGUGCCUUGCAGCCCUCGCCUGUGGUUUACUGAUAGACUACAUGGGAAGAAGAUCUCUCAUCAUUGGGGGUUAUCUCCUCAUGGCCCUUUGGAGCAUUGUUCUAACAUUCUCUCUGACUUACCAGGAACUGUACUCAUGGGUGCCUUACGUGAGUGUGACAUCUCUGUUUGCCUUCAUCUUGAGCUUUGGGUUGGGACCAGGUGGCAUAACGAAUACCCUGAUAGCUGAACUAUUUUUACAGUCUUCACGUCCUGCUGCUUACAUGAUAGGAGGGACUAUUAGUUGGAUUAGUUUCUUCGCAAUUGGAAUGCUCUUUCCCUUCAUAGUGAACGGACUGAAGCAGUAUUGUUUCGUGGUGUUCUUAGUGGAGUGCUCCUUAGUUGCUGCCUUCAUCUUCCUCGUAAUUCCUGAGACAAAAAACAAGUCUUUUCUGGAAAUCAGAAAGGAAUUCCACAAGCUUAAUUUUGGAAGAAAUAUCAAAAAAGAGGAAACAGCUUUAUGAAAGAUGACAAGUCCCUGAUGAAUUUUUAAAAAAUUCUGUGUAACUUCGCAGCUGUAACAGAACAGUGUAAUACCAUGAACAAGUAGCUUAUUAAAUCCUCCUGUAUAUUUAGAGGAAGUUUAAAGGCAAGUUAAUCUUUCUGAAAUGCUGUUAAAACAUAUAUUACUGAAAUGCUAUUAAAAACCAUUAUACAUAGAAGACUCAGUGUUUAGAUACAACUUGAUGUUGUAGGGACGCAGAAAUGCCGGGAGAGGGUGUUCAACCCACUCCUCCCCCCCGGCAGGUUUCUUCAGAUAAUUCAGUAGCUCUUUUAUUUCUAAGCCCCUUCUUCAGAUUCAGAUAAUCAAGCAUGUUAUUGCUUUACUGACUAAAAUAUUCUGAGGCAUUAAAACCCAAGCAAGAACUGACCUACUGAGAAACCGGUAUUUGAAAUAUUCUAGUUUAUAUAUAAAUUGGGGCAUUUAGUUGCUGUUUUUCACUUAAAUAACGACUUUGAAAGAUUUAAGGACAUGCCUCAUCUAGUCCUACUACUGUAACUGUACAAAGACAGUACAGCACCUAUCUCAGUUACUCUUAUUUGUAAUAGACUUCAUUAUUCCUGAAAGGGUAAUAAUAAAACAGAUUCUGGCAUUUGA